UCAUCAUGCAUUCAUUAUCUCCAACUCACUAUAAACGCGGAAGAAUGACAUCAAUACUUUCGUUUCGUGGGAAAUCGCUUAAUAGAUAACAAGGUUCGAUGAAUUUCGACAGUCAGCAGUUUCGCUCUCGUUUUCGCUCUAUAUAUUUAACCAGAAUGUGUUCGUCAGUCCAGAGAUGAACAGAGACGCUGCUGGAGUCUGAAGUUUCUAUCCAUCAGCUGUGAUCAUGUUGUGUUAUUGGGGAGCGCAGGUCAGAGAGGGGUUCGGACUGGUACCACCUGACAAGGUCAAACAUGGCAAUUCUGGUAUACGAUCCGUGUGUCCGAACACAGCAGUUCAGGACAUGUCAGCUGGAAGGAGUUUUGCUGGAUUUAUCAGGGAUGGGAGGGUCUCGGUCGUGAGAUUGCGUAGUGAAGACUAUGAUCAUGAUGGAAAACUAAAGCAACUACAGCUAAAGAAUGACAGAAUCAGACAGAUUGUCUGUGGAGGAGCUGGUGCGGUUCUUCUUUCUGAUUCAGGAAAAGUUCUCAUUAUGGACAAAUCUACUAUGUGCAGUCCUCUCAGUAGUCUGAACAACAGGCAGGUGAUUCAAAUCGCAUGUGGAGACCAUCAUUCAAUGGCACUAACUAAGGGUGGUCAGUUGUUUGUAUGGGGUGAGAACUCUCACGGUCAGCUGGGAUUGGGGAAAGAUCAUCCAAGCUCUCCGUCUCCUCAACAUGUUGAGAGUCUGAGUGGGAUCCCAGUGGCUCAGAUCAGCGCUGGAGGAGACCACAGCUUUGUGUUGUCUCUCUCUGGAGUCGUGUUUGGGUGGGGAAAGAACUCUGCUGGACAGCUGGGCCUUGGAGACACCACAGACAGACACGUCCCAACGGUUGUAAAUGGUCUGCACCAGAAGAAAACUGUGUCCAUCUCAUGUGGAGGUGAACACACUGCCACUUUAUCAAAGGGCGGCGCAGUUUUCACAUUUGGAUCAGGAGGUUCUGGUCAGCUUGGGCACAACUCAUUUGAAGACGAACAUUAUCCGCGGGUGGUUGCUGAACUGUGGGGAUCUAAAGUGUCACAGGUCACAUGUGGGAGACAUCACACACUCGUAUCAGUCGCAUCGUCAAAGUUGAUCUACUCAUUUGGAUGUGGGAUACAAGGGCAGCUGGGAAAUGGAAAUAUGAUCAAUAAGUCUGUACCUUUCCCUGUGGAUCUGCCAGAUGAAUACAAUGAUGAAUAUGCAAUUGGAAAAGUAAUUGCUGGGGAGAAUCAUUCAUUUGCCUUGUUUUUUAAGGAACUUGGGAAUGAGCCUAAACGAAAUCCAAGCAGAGAUAUUCUGACAUUAGAUGACAGAAUGAUUGACCGAUGGGUGUCUGGAAGUGAACAAUGGAAAGUGGUAAAGAGAGACAUAAACAAAGUGUUCUGCUCUGCUGCCUCUCUGAAUGGAAGUUUUCUCAAAACAAGUUGUGAUGAACAUUAUCAGACAUCUGAAGAGCAUUGUGGUUUGGAUUUUGAUCUGGUUAAAACAUCCUUUUCAAAGUUAUCAAAGAAUGAAAAAUCAGUAUCAGAGGUAGUGAAGGUGGUUCAAGACACACUGCUGCCGUCUCUGAAUGCAAAUCCAACUGGUGUGGAAUCGCUGAGAGUUUAUCUACUCCUGCCUGAGCUCAUCAGACGUCUCCAGAAACAACAAAGAACUGAACUCACUGAAGCUGUGGCCUCCAAAAUCCUUCAGCUGAAUUUUGAUGCUCGCAAGGUUUUGGAGAUGUACUGGUCUAAACUGCCUGGUGAUUGGCUCAAAAGCCUGGUGAAGUUAUUUCGCAAAGCACCUGCUAAUUUAAUUGGCAGGAUUGCUGCUGACAGUAUAAACUGGGACAUACUGACACGCCUGACAAAAUUGGUGCAGAUACUUCAGAUGGUCUAUCAGGUCUGCUGCAGUGCCAACAGAAACAUCACUAAGAGUAAUUUCAUCAUUAAUGACAUCAAUGAUCUACUAGAUGUGGUGGAAACUACCAAUGAAGACGUGAAUAUAAACUGGGUGUGGUUUAACAUGACUGGAAAAAUCCAAGCACUGAUGGCCCAGCAAAACUACUACAAAACAAUCUUAAGAAAUCUUAUAUCACUUCCAUGCAUCUUUAACUUGGAGGCCAAAUGUAGUUAUAUGAAGAACAGACUAUGGCAGGGUGCUUUUCAGCUGAUUCUGAGACGCACAGCGCUGCUGGAGGACAGUUUCUCUCAGCUGAGAAUGGCCACUCAGCAACAUCUCAGAGAAUUUUGGCUGGCGGUGUUUUACACAGAGGAUAUGAGAAAAACAGAUGUCAACAAGAGGGACUUUUUUCACAAUGCGUUUAAAGAGCUUUGUGCACGAGAGUCUCAGCUGUUCAUGUACAAUGAUAAUGAAACUAUGAGCUGGUUCCCAACAAAGCUCAGCGUGAACAAGGAGAAGUACUUCCUGUUUGGGGUUCUGUGUGGCUUGGCCUUCAACAACAGCUGUGUAGUGCAUCUGCCUUUUCCUUUAGCCUUGUUCAAGAAACUUCUCAACGUCAAACCAUCUCUACAAGACUUGAUCGAGUUGGAUCCAGGUCUUGGCAAGAGUUUGCGGUGUAUCCUGGACUACAGUGAUGGUGUUAAGGACAUGUAUAUGUACUACACGAUUGAAUGGGACGGAACAGUAGUUGAACUGGAUCCAGCUGAGCCAGGAAAAGAGGUCACCAUAUAUAACAGAACAGAAUUUGUGGACAAGUAUGUGGAUUAUAUCUUUAAUAAAUCAGUGGAGGAAGUGUUUGAAGAAUUCAAGAGAGGCUUCUUCAAAGCCUGCGACAAAUGCAUAGUGGAGAUGUUUGAACCGGAGGAGCUGAGAGGAGUGCUGGUGGGCAAUGAGGAAUAUGACUGGGACAUACUCAAACAGAACACCACAUAUGAAGGAUCGUUUUAUGCAGAGCAUCCAACCAUUAUCUCAUUCUGGGAGGUGUUUGAUGAACUGACACCAAAUGAGAAAAAGGCCUUUCUGUUGUUCUUGACAGGGUUUGAAAAAGUGCCUAUUCAGGGUAUGAGUGCAGUGAAGAUGAGAGUGAGACCCCUGUUCAACUUCACUCAGGACCAUAUACCACAGGCCCUCACCUGCCAUGCUCUGCUAGACCUUCCUGUUUAUCAGAACAAGGAAACUCUUAGGGCUAAACUAAUUGAAGCCAUCAACCACAAGAGGGGGUUCUGGGAAGAAUGAGGCAGAUGCUGGAGUACACUAAGAUAAAAAGGCUGAUCCUUGAUCUUCCAUAAAAGUAAAAGGAAGUGUUUCUUAAUAUAUAAGGGAGAGCGGGAUGAUUGAAUCACGGGGUUUGUUGUAGCAACUUUACUUUACAAAUGAGUUUCUGCUUUAAUGUGUGAAAUAAAUUAAAAUGUUUUAAAUUUACAUUUAAGUUUACAUUUCUAUACACUACCAGAGAAGGAUACAAGAGGUUUAUUUUCUAAAUGCUACAAUUUCUGUUGUAUUUAUGAACUUAAUUUAAAAUAAAUGUUUCUUAACAUUAAAUCAUUUAUAUUUUAUUUAUUAUAUAUCAUUUUGAUCUAUUUUUACUGUUAUUUUUCCAAGCCAAGAUUAA